GGUGCGUCGGUCUGCUGAUCUGAGUCUUCUUCAUCAUGAGUGGAAGAGUCGGAGACCUCAGUCCUAAGCAGGCUGAAGCCCUGCAGCAGUUUCGAGAGAGGAUACAAGACAUUCUUCCUCAACUUCCUGCACAGCAUGACCACUUCCUGUUACGCUGGCUCAGAGCCAGAAACUUCAACGUCCAGAAGUCGGAGGCCAUGGUACGAAAGCAUGUGGAGUUCAGGAAACAGAUGAAAGUAGACACAAUACUCACCGACUGGCAUCCACCAGAGGUGAUAGAGAAGUAUCUGUCAGGAGGGAUGUGUGGCUACGACCGCGAGGGCAGUCCCAUCUGGUACGAUGUCAUCGGGCCCGUGGAUCCUAAAGGCCUCUUCCUGUCCGCCUCCAAGCAAGACUUCAUCAAGUCCAAGAUCAGGGACUGUCAGGCCCUGCAGAGGGAAUGUUGCCUCCAGUCGCAGAGGCUUGAGAAGAACGUGGAGUCAAUCACUAUGAUCUACGACGUAGAAGGUCUGGGUCUGAAACACAUAUGGAAGCCUGCUAUAGAAACGUUUGGAGAGAUCCUCCAGAUGUUUGAAGAAAACUACCCAGAAGGCUUGAAAAGGUUGUUUGUCAUAAAAGCACCCAAACUCUUCCCCGUGGCCUUCAACCUCGUCAAGCACUUUCUGAGUGAGAACACGAGACAGAAGAUCAACAUCCUCGGGGCUAACUGGCAGGAAGUUUUACUGAAGUACAUCGAUGCAGAGGAGCUGCCGGUGAUAUACGGCGGAAAACUGACGGAUCCUGAUGGAGAUCCUCGCUGUCGGACCAAGAUAAACCACGUGGGCCCAGUUCCCCCGUCCUACUAUGUGCGGGACCACGUUAAGGUGGACUACGAGCAGUGUAUGACCGUCAGCCGGGGUUCAUCCCAACAGCUGGACUACGAGAUCCUGUUCCCAGGCUGCGUUCUCAGGUGGCAGUUUGCAACUGAGAGUGCAGACAUCGGUUUCGGGGUGUUUAUGAAGGCUAAAAAGGGCGAGUGGAAGAAAGCAUCCCAGAUGCAUGAAGUCGUGCUCAGCCAGCGUUACAACGCCCACUUAGUACCCGAGGACGGAUCACUGACCUGUGAGCAACCGGGAGUCUACGUCCUGAGAUUUGACAACACUUACAGCAUCUUCCAGGCCAAAAGAAUCAGCUUUUCCGUUGAGGUCCUGCUCCCGGACCGCCUACAGUCCCCACAGACCAACGGCGGGUCCAAAAACCACGAGCAAGCUGAGGGCAACGACCAAUCGUAACCAAGAAGGAGACAAAAUGUGCCACGUCCGUGUUGGCGGAUUUCACUAACGUUUAGCCGCCACUAAGCACAGCCUGAGAAACUUGAGUUGAACACAGGAACUGCGACAUGCUGCGAACACGCACAAAAGUAUUCAACCCAUGUUAAGAUCUGACUGUUUGACCUUUUAAUAAUAUUUAAUGAUGACCUAAUUCACGUUCUAUCCAUUUCUGAAAGGAAAAGAAGGGACACACAUAAUAUGACCAAAAGUGUGUUGUUAUUUUGGACAACAAAUCACGCAUGGGUGCAAUGGUUGGGUGUCCACAUACUUCUAGCUUCACAUUUCAUGUAUUCAGUUCUGUUGGACCACGUUAUUGUUGCUAGGAGACAAGAGAACCGUUUUUUUUUACCUCAAGAGCGUACCAUUGCAACAAUUAGAAGUUAGUUAUCUCUCCAAGAACAAGAGGCUCGCAGCUACGUUAGCCCCCACUAGCAUUACACAACGGUUUGUGGUCGAGAUGCAUUGUGGGUAAUGUCGUCUUCAGGUUUUGACAAGGAAGAAAAUUGCAAGGAACCAAAAAAACGUUAUCAGUCAAUGUUAUUGUAUUUCAGUGCGUAGUUUUUUUAAAUCCUCACUUGUGUGUUGACCAGUGUUAGUUUCACAUUAUGCUUCAGUUAGCCACCGAGUGAAUCAGGUCACUGCUACCAAAGCAAAGUAUGACGUGUAUAAUAGUAUAAAAGUUAUUAUUAAAAUGAAAAGGUAGUAUUUUAUUAUUAUUUUUCUUCAAACACAGAUAAACAUUCUCGCUAGAUGUUUAUUUUCCAUGACAGUCAGUAACGGUAUAAGCAUUUCAGUUCAUUUACAUACAAUUGUGUUUUGUUGCUAUUUUGAGACUUGAAGGAAAAAUGAAUCUAGAAAUUGUACCGCUUUCUGCCUUCGUGUUUUAUUAGAAU